UUCGCACAUUUGUCCAAGCUUUUAAUAAUUUCUGCUUAAAAUGCGGUUUUGUUUGUACUAAAAAUUGCAUUCGAAAGUCCAAACACAAAGAAAAAAAAAUUAAGUGUUUCAGCGCAGUGUAUUUAUCGCCAGUGUAUUUAGUUGGUCAUGAAAUAUUGAGCGAACGUGAUAUAUUUUCUGUGCUGAAAUUUCGAUGUGAUUAAGUGUUUGUUUGUGAUUUGUUUUCAUUUUGUGUGUUGUUUUUUUUAUAAAAUUCCCUUGAAUUUUCAAGACAUCAGUAAGAAAACAGAAUGCAAGCUACAUUGUUGAUAAUCGCUAUCGUUGGACAAUUUUACAUUGUAACUACACAAAAUGAUGUGACUACGAGACCUCGAACAAUUUCCGAAUUACAAACGGAAUAUUUAUCGAGUGAGGAGAAAUUAUGGCAAAAAAUCGAUCAAGUUCUAACCGAUUCAGAUGAAAAUGGUGUCAAUAAAACAACGUUCGACGCACUAAAGGUCCAUCGGUACAUAUUUUUUGGCGAUACAUUUGAAAGCAACAGCUAUUGGCGGUCAUAUUUAUUGUAUAAUAUUGAGAAUUUUCGCGAUUAUUUAUCGAAUAUUAAUGAUACUCUCGACGAAAAUUAUCGAUAUCUAUUCGAUGGAGCCGAACAAAUACACUACAAUCCAUUGGAGUUGAAGCUGUGGACAAGUGAUAAAAUGUUUAAACGAUUGAAAGAGAACAAUCGCGGUUUAUUCGAUCUUACGGUCAAUCAAAGAGAUGACAUUUUUCAACAAAUUCAAACGGAAGCAAAGUGCUGCAUUCGAUAUGUCAACUAUGUAAUAUCCGAGGCACAAUUGGUACGUGAAUAUUAUGCAAAUGUUGGUAAAUCGUUGCUUCGCAGCUAUGCCAUGAGUCAAUUGGCUUAUAUGUUGAUAUCAUUAUCGCUGCAUCGUAAUUUACAUGACGAAGCCAAUGUCGAACGUAAAUUUUACCUGGAGCAAUAUUCGGAAUUUCGGCAUAUCAUUGAAAAUAUGCUGAACGCAGCCAGUCUCGAGCUAUGGAAAUGCAAUCCUGCACCAUAUUUAGAUAGCCCCAUCUACUACACGUCAAUCACAAACUUUAUGCAAGGCUACAUUGAUAAUGAAAUUAAUUUGAAUGGCGAACACAAUUGUGAUGGUACAUGCAGCGAUUUCAAGUCAACCAAAAACCACCAAUGUCAAAAUGACACGUUGUGCACUCACAGCAAUUUUGCACGCACUAGAUGCACCGGCGAUGUAUUCGAUUGUAGUGCGAUCGAAACGAAUGGAAUUGCUUGCCUUGUGAAGGAUGAAUGGCAAAAUCGACGUUACAAUUAUGUGACAUUUAAAAAUGGUUCGAUGAACGGUCGUAAUGUAUUAUGUUUCAAAGCCGAACAAACCGAGCUGGCAACGAGAUCCGAGCGGUUACCAAAUGAAUGCGGUAAUUGCUUCUGCUUUUGUGAUGAGCCGGGUGAAAAAUCGGAUCGCUAUUUUAGCUUAUCGGACGUGUCAUCCGAUAUUGGUGCUAACAAAAUUGUGACUGGAAUUGCGAUACGGAAAAUAAAUCGGGUCAUUCAGUUCAGCAUUUCCGAGCGUGAACUAUUUGGAUUUGGAAAAGUCAAUGACACAUUACGACGAACACAAAUCUGGAAAAAUAAUAGCAUGGACUUUUUAAAUGAUGGCAAAAAUGGCAACGACUAUUUUACAUUGACAAAAGAAUAUCGGUCAAUCAAUUUAGAUGCUGUCGUAUGUCCGAUGAAUAAAGUGGUGACCGGUGUUAGAUUUCAGGUUCAUAACAAUCGAUUGCAUUUGGAAAUCCGUGCCACCGAAUUCGAUUACGAAAGUGGAAAACUACAAAAUUUAGAACAAAGCGAAUGGAUCAAUAAUUUAAUUAGUGAGAAUCGAGAUGAAAUUGUUAUCGAUGCACCAGAUUCGCCAACAUGGCCGAAUAAUAUACAACCGAGAAUUGAUUCGAACAAUAAAUUCAUUCAGUUCCGUUCGACAGACAUAAAAAAGGAUCUCGCACAGCUAACGGUGCCGUAUAUUGAAUCGGUGCCGUUAGAAGCGAGCGAACCACAUCCACUUUCAGGUGCUGGCUUAUACUACAAGGGCGAAGAUGGUUUCGGCGGUUUUAUUGCUGUAAAACUUAUAAGUUAUGAUUCUCGCAAAAUUUAAACCACAUACAACCUUUUAUAUAUAUAUUCUUUAUUUGUAAGCGUUCUCAAAAUAAAAU